UGAAAGCUUUGUAUCUAUCUAUAUUACGCACUAAAGUGACAUCAUCGUUGGCUCUAUUCUACGAGUUUUAAUUUGUUGAAAUCUAGUAAUCAAUUUUACUGAAUAUGGUGUAUCCUGCGGUUCAGAAUUGUGCGGACAACGCGGAUCCUUACAAUGUAGAUUUAGGCGAAGUUCCACUGAGUGCCUUACGACAGCCAAGUUAUCAAUUGCUCUCCGCGUUAUUGAAUCGCAAGAAAAUUUUCAAAUCAGAAGAAGGUUAUUGGCGUGAUUGGCGAGGUAUGUUUCAAGUAAUUGGCUUUGAAAAUCAUUACAUAUCUGAACUGGAGAAUAACAGCAAUCCUACGAAACGGGUGUUGCAUCUGUGGGAAGAGAUUUCUGAAAGCCUUAAAUAUUCGGCCAACCUAAAGGAAUUGCAGAAUGUGCUUGGUGUCAUUGAUCGCUGGGAUGUUGUGGACAGUAGCAACAAAUAUAUUGUCGAUGAUGCAGUGAGGUUUAUUACUGAGCAACAGAAAAAAACAAACAAAAUUCUUGAAGGCAAAAUCAAUCAGGAAAAUAUAAUAAAUAAUUGUUUGGGACUGGAUGAAGAUAUUAUUACAGUUGACGACACGCGCGGCAAAAAGCAAAUUUAUGAUGCAUUCGUUUUGUUUGCAGAUGCAGAUGUUGAAUUUGCUACUAAAAUGGUUGAGCGACUAGAAGAGCGACGGUUAAAGGUAUGCGUAAAAGAUCGUGAUCUUCUAGCUGGCAUAAGUUUUGAACAUGAAGCGAUUAUUCGACUUAUAUCUGAGCGCUGUCGUCGAUUAGUAAUUGUGAUUUCCAAAGAGUUUCUUAGCAGUCCGCUUAACGAGUUUUUUGUUACUUUCGCACAAGCAUUGCAGAUUGAACAAAAGAAACGUAAAAUUAUUCCGUGUGUUUAUAAGCGCAUGGUACUGCCGCCCAAUUUGCAAUUUUAUUUUAUCUUAGACUACGAGCGUUCUAAUAAAUUAUACAAUUUUUGGGAUAAACUUGAAGGCGCAAUUAAGACAAAACAAGAGUCUUCGCCGACUGAGUUUCGAGAAGCCACAAAAUCCGUGGAACUGGCUAUUUUACCGUCUGCAUCUAGAGAUAACAUCCAGGAGCCAAAGCCAUCCUUAGAUACUGAAUCAAUACCAGAAAGACAGAAAAAAGAGGUUGCACCCACUAUAUCACCGCGUGCAUUAGAUUCUCGAGAAUCUGCAAAAAGGUUUUACUCUAGUUGGGAUAUAGCUAAAAGUAGUAGCAACACACUAAAAACUUCCAGUUCGUUAGAACUUGCAACUAAAACAGAAGCGGUGCUACCAAAGGAGAAGAAAAAGCGGAAAUGGUAUAGUAAAUUUGGAUUGACAUCGUCUGAAAGUCGCACAACAAUGGAUGAAGGAUUAAAUGAUAGUCAAAGAAAAAAUAAAACCAAGUGGUACAAAUCCAGUAAGAAAAUUGCAACUGCUCUGUGAUAUUAACAAACUGUGUGAUUCAAUGACAGAAAAUAAUGAGUGACUAACCCGAUAAAAGGUUCUACAUUAGAACUAGUUAUUCAUUGUAAUAAAGAAUAAAGCAAUAAGA